GUACAGAAAAAAUAUUUAGAUCUAGUAACUAUAGACUCUAGAUUCUAGAUCUAUAGUAAAAUAAUUAUAGUAUAAGAUUUAAGAUCUAUAGUGCGGAUCUUGCCCAGAGUAGAUAUAUUCUAGAUCUAUUAUUAAAGAGCUGUUCUUCAUCCGUGGUCUGAAAACUGAUAGAAGAGUUGAACUGCUAAUUUAAUCAAGCAAUAAUGGACUUUGAGGAUGACAUUAUAAAUGAACCUCCGGCUAAAAAGCAUAAGAAACAUAAGAAGAAGCACAAACAUAAAAAAGAGCCAGCCCCGCCAGCGUUAAUGUCUCCUAAAACUUCUAUAAAGCUCAAGCUGAAACUUGGCAAAGAAACAAUGGGCACUAAAAAUGUCAUGUCAGUUGUGCAGUCCACAGAGAGCCAUGUGCCAGAGUUGAGUAAAGCUGCGAAGAAAUCUGCUCAUAAUGACGAGGAAGAUUUCUCUGAUGAUGACAAAUGGCUAGAGGCGCUAGAAAAAGGCUACUCAAAUAAUUAUGCUGACAUUGCUAAAAAGGAUCCAGCCUUGUUGACAGCUCGACAGAAAGCUUUACUGCAUGGGAGUCAACAAGAUGAACUGUUGCAGCUUCCAUCAGGUUACAAAACCGUGGAGCUUACUGAUGAGCAGAAACGGCGGCGGCAGGAGAAAGCUAAGAGAAGACGUCAGCAGGCUAAUGAAAAAAUGGAGAAUGAUAAGAAUCAAACCGUUCACAAACUGUUGAAAAAGCAAGACAGCAAGCUAAAAAGACCUAUAAAACCACGUGGUGGAAAGAGUAGCAGUGUUCCUCGUAUCAUCUAUAGAAAUAGAUUAGAUGAUAUCUGUAUACUGCUGCCUCCUGAUGUGCCGUUCCCUCUCAGGCCUGAGAUAGCCAAAUCUUAUCCUGAACCUCAACUUUGUGGGGUUGAUGGCUGCACCAAUAUGAGAACCUCCAUCUGCUCAAAGACCAAAGUUCCAAUCUGCAGUCUGGCUUGCUAUAAGAAAAAUUUAAAGGCAUUUGAGGCUCUUAACUCCGAGAAAUUAUCAGAAGAUAUUUAUUGUGACAGUGCCGACAUGAUGGCGAUGUCUGAAGUUGUGGUAGAAUGAAGCUAUCUUAUGUGUGUGACUGUUUGGAAGUAGAAAUCGGUUGAAUGUGUGUGAUAUUAAUUUUGAUGUAUAUAUGGGCUGUUACAUUAUUGAAUCUCUGGGCUGUUCCAGAGUUUCUGCAAAUAUUAAUCUUAGAGAAUGCCUGCAAUUUAUUGUUCUGUGAUUGAGUGGCAUAAAUCCCUAGGCUGAGGAGCUGUGUUUAAUCCUGAUGGAGAUGAGGAAUAAUUUUUUUUGCAAGAUUUAACUCGAGCUGAGUUUUUUUUUCUGGAAACAGUUAUAUCUUCGCCAGUCCCUAAAUGUUUCCAGAAGAAAAUAGAGGAGAGUGCAUUGAGAAUGUACCAUGGUAUGUUAUUGUCAUGAUUGUGAUGUCUGUCUGUCUGCAGUGUUUGCUUCUGAUAAGUAUUUCCCUCUAAUUGUGUGCAGAAUGUUAUGGAAUGUUUAUUUUGUUAUGACCAAUUUGUUGUACAGCAAAUGUAAUGGAAUACUGAAAUCACUGUGGAUCUGAUAAAUGAGAGAUUGUAAUUGAAUAAUAAAUCAUUAUUCUUAAAUAAUGAGACAUUGUAAUUAAAUAUUAAAUCUAUUC